AUGAAAAAUACGUAUAAAAAAAAUACUUCAGCUCAUCUCGGUGAUUCAUCGUCUUUAUGUUUUAUGUUUUAUGUUUUGGGCAUAUUAUGUAUGCAAUAUGAAUAUUGUUUCAAAAAUAAAAUUAUAGAAAAUCAAAAAUAUCGAAAAGCUCAAAUUUUUAAAAACUUCGUAAAAAUCUACUUCGAAAUUAGAAUUGUGUUGAAAGAACAGCCAUAUCGUGGAGUAACGGAAUGUGAUAAAUGUAAAUAUCUGAAUUACUGGUUGUUCGAUCACGUUCUAACGUAUAAAACUACAUAUGAAAGUAUUUUACCACUUAUUAGAAAAUGGGACGAACAAAAAAGACUAAACAAAUGGAUGCAUUUAACUGUUCAUUAG